GCUGAUUUUGCGAAAGAGCUUGCUGAGGGAAUGGAAUCGCUUUGGCGCGAUAUCGCACAGCAUGGGCCUAAUGAAGGUUCAGACAAAGAAGACGAGACUUCAGAACAACGAGAAGAGCGGGAGCGUGCCCUCGCAGCGGCUUGGGAAGCGAUGUUGAUAGAAGGGAUGGAUGCAUCGAUCGACCCGUCCCUAACACAGGGAGCACCUACUGCCCCUAAAAUCGGAGAAAAGGACGACUUCCAAUCACGCAUCCGGAACACUAUGAACAAGCUAAAUGAGAGCGAGUCAGGCUUGAAGACAUCAGAUGCGAGUGGUUCUGCUACUGGCACUGAUCCACUCGAGGCGCUUCUCUCUCAAUUCGGAGGCGAGAAUGAGGAAGAGUUACAGGGCGUCCUGGAAGCUAUGAUGGGCCAGCUCAUGGGCAAGGACGUCCUCUACGAGCCGCUGAAAGAACUCUCGGAUAAGUUCCCCGACUACCUCAAAACCCAUGCAUCUACAAUAUCAUCUGAUGAUAAGAAACGCUAUGAUGCGCAGAUCAUCUGCAUGAAGCAGCUCCUUGAAAUUUUCCAAUCGGAAGGUUACACUGACGACGACGAUAAGACAAGAACCAAAGUUGUCGACCUUAUGGGCGAGCUUCAGAAACACGGGUCUCCUCCGGAGGAAAUCAUGGGUCCAUUGCCCCCUGGAUUCGGCAUGGGUGCUGAUGGAAUGCCAGAUAUGCCAGAUAACUGUGCUAUCAGUUGAAUGCAUCUUGGCGG